AUGUCCUCUUCAGCCUCCACAGACCUCCGGGUCCUCACACGGAAGCUCACUUCCAUCCCGCCGGCGCAACUCCCUCACUCCCUCCCUGCUCUCAUCCGCCAUGUCCUUCGAUGCCGCGAUGCGCUAUCCGCCCCUCAGGACCCAAAGCUCAAAGGCGAUGCGUCUCAGACUUCUAUGCUUGUGCACAAGCUCAAGACCAGCAUCACCACUCACCUGAACGGUCGGAGUCGCGAGGGCAGAUUCGCUGCCAUUGGCUUAAUCAAGGCGGCCGUCGAUGUUGGAGGCUGGGAAACUCUCCGCGGCUCUGAGGCUUGGGUGCGCGGGCUGCUCUCAAUUGUACAGAAAGGCGACCCUGCAGCGUCUAAAGAGCUAGCAGUCGUGACUCUCACCAAGAUUUUCAUGUUGGUUCAUCCUUACCAAACCCUCGUGCGGGAAGUUGCUACACCUUUCCUCCCGGCUUUUGGAACGGCUUGCCUGCAGCUCAUCAAGACAAAAUCUGAAUCUACGCCCUUGAAUUUGAUUGAAACUAUAUGCAGCUCAUUUUCAACUCUCAUCCCCCUUUAUCCACCUACCUUUCGCCCUUUCAGCGCCCAGGUCCGAACCGCAGUCGGAGUCUACCUUGCGCCGACUUGUUCAGAUGACAUCUCUGUCCCGGAGGGCCUGCAGCGAGCUGCUAGGCGUCUAGUGACCUCUCUUCACUUCGUUGCAGCCAAGUCGGGAGGCAGUGAUGAAUGGGCGAAGCUUGUCGACGGAAUCCUCCAAGAAUUUCACCUCACUGCUGACCAAGUCCUUCGAGCCGUCGAUGAGUCUUGGGAGGCGACUAGUGGCCGUGCGCAAUCCAAAGUCGAUGUCGAUGGAGAGCCAAAAGGCCAAGGCAGCUCUAGCGAGCAUUUACCUCCCUGGUCCGGCCUCGAGGCUGGCGCUGACCGGUUAAUUGGGCUCUUCCAGUUCUUGGCCGAUUUGCUAAGCUAUCCUACCAAAGCUGCAGUUGCCAUUCCAAUCAGCGGAUUGGUCGACACCAUAUCGAGAAUUUGCCUGGUCGCUCGGCUCUCAAAGUCCCAGACCUGGGAGCAAGCUGUCGAGACCAACCCAGCCAUUGGCAGAGAAGAAAAGGAGGAGCUAUGGAGCCUGAUGCCUGAUAUUCACGUUGCAGCAAUGAAGCUCGUUGUUGCUCUGUUUCAAAGACUGCAAAGACACAUGCUGCCCUUGGUCCCUGAAAUCUUGGAUCACCUAAUUCGCGUCUUCAAGUCUGGCAUUGGUAUCCCAUCCGUCCGGAUCGCAGGAUAUACCACUUUGAACACCAUACUGCAGCUUGCUGGGCCGACGUUAUCUAAACCUGCUGUAGACAUGUUGGACCCUCUUGUUGGAGCAUGCUGUCGCGACCUACAGCAAGACGCCGGGUUUUUGAAACCUGCAGAGAAACCCGCCGCCACUACCGGGAAAGGCACAAAGAACGGCGCCGUCGCAGUCAACACCGAUCUCUUCCUCCAGCCCCAAGCAGCAGCCGCCGCUACGGAAGCACCCACGUUGGAAGCCGACCAUAGAAACACCGCCAACGAGCUCCUCACAGCCAUCAUAGCCCAGCUCCCGCAGUCUCAUCUCAAGCCCGCCCUCCGCGGCCACCUCGACAAAACGGCCAUCCUGACACGCAACCGCGACGCCAUGCUCGCCAGCGUCCUCAACCCCUAUAGGGACCAGCACGGCAGGAUGUAUCCUAGCAUUCUGCCUCAUUUGUCACAGCUCUUCCCGCACGACCAAGGCCUGGAGAUUCUUCGCAGCAACCUCCGCACUAGUGCCGUUGCAGGCAGCGGAAGCGAAAUGUUUGCCUCGCUAAGCGAAGUUGCUGAGCUGCAGCAAAUUGAUGAGGAGAAUGAAGAAGAAGCAGGAGAAGAAGAAGAGCAGCACGAUGAAGAAAUGCAAGAUAAAAAUGCCGAAAAACAAUCUCCGGAAAAAGCCGCCGCAUCGCUGUCAGACACCAAAGCCGAUCUACCGAUCCAGAGCACCGCCUCAACCACUGCACCCAACCCCUUCGAACCUCGGGCUUCAAACACUGAAAGGGCAGUUUCUCCGCCUAAGAGAAAGCACGAGGGGCCUGAUGUCCCCCUUAAUCCUAAGCGACAAGAGCUUGAAAAAAAAGAACCUGCUGCUGCCCUGGCUACAUUGCCACAAGGGGGUGAGGAAGAUUCAGAUAGCGAUAGCGAUGGAAGCGUGCACCUGAACAUGGAGCUGGAAGAGGACGAAGAGGACGAGGAUGAAGAUGAGUAA